UUACAAUGGAGCAUACCUCUCUCUCUCUCUCUAGAGCUCUCUUCACAGCAUAAACACAUAUUCUGCGAAUCUUCUCUCACCCAAUCCAUGCCCCAUCCCUACUGCUACCCAUAAUUUCCCCUCAAUAUUCUCAACCUCCCCAGGAAGGUGCAGAGGAAAAAGAAUUGAAAAAACAGAGACUUUGUUGUCCUAGUUGACCAUAAAUUAUCAUACAAAAUGUGUGUUCAAGACGCCGACAAGGUCAGUGAGGGAAUGGAAGAUAUGAGCCUCCCAAAUCAUGAUGAUCAUGGUGAUGAUGAUGAUGAUGAUGUGAGUGAGGGAAGCGUCAAGUCUAUGCAGCCGUCGCAUUCUGCUGCUGAAAAUCGAGAUAGCAAGGCCGCUGAUCCUGUUGCAGCUUCCAUAAUCUCCUUCCCGCUGGAAACCAUUUCUGAAGAAUCAGUUAUCUCGGACAAAGCUCAGAUGUUGAACAAUUUUCUGCCCACCCUUCGGUCUGGGGAGUGGUCAGACAUUGGAGGCAGGUCACAUAUGGAGGAUACUCAUGUUUGUAUUCCUGACUUAGCUAUGAACUUCGGUUACGCUGCACGUGGUGAGGAAGCCAUGUCCUUCUAUGGGGUGUUUGAUGGACAUGGUGGGAAGGGUGCAGCUCAGUUUGCUCGGGAUCACUUGCCAAGAAUCAUUGUUGAAGAUGCUGAUUUCCCAUUGGAACUCGAGAAAGUGGUUACGAGAUCGUAUAUAGAGGCUGAUGCUGCAUUUGCAAGGUCUUGUUCUGUUGAGUCCACGCUGUCAUCUGGCACGACUGCACUAACUGCAAUGAUACAUGGCAGGUCAUUGCUUGUAGCAAAUGCUGGAGAUUGUAGAGCUGUUUUAUCUCGAAGUGGAGUUGCUGUCGAGAUGUCAGAAGAUCACAGGCCUUGCUCUGCAAGCGAAAGAAUGAGGAUUGAAUCAGUAGGUGGCUACGUAGAUGAUGGUUAUCUAAACGGACAGUUAGGAGUGACCCGAGCUUUGGGAAACUGGCACAUCAAAGGCCUGAAAGAGGUUGAACAAGGCGGACCUCUGAGCGCAGAACCGGAACUCAGGCUAACUACACUUACAAAGGAGGACGAAUUCUUGAUAAUUGGAAGCGAUGGAAUAUGGGACGUAUUCAUGAGCCAGAAUGCAGUAGACUUUGCGAGGAGGCGGCUCCAAGAGCACAACAAUGUCAAGCAGUGCUGCAGAGACAUAGUAAAUGAAGCCAAGAAGCGAGGGGCUACUGAUAAUCUGACAGUAGUGAUGGUGUGUUUUCACUCCGAACCACCUCCUCCAAUUGUCUAUCAAAGGCCUAGAGUUCGAAGGUGCAUUUCUGCAGAAGGGCUUCAAAACCUCAAAUUCCUGCUUCAAGGUUAGAGCAGAGAUUGAUCCAUUUCUUCUUACAGGUAACAAUUUAUGAUUUAUGACAAUAAUAUGAUGUUGUGAGCAACUUGUAAAUAUGCCUAUUGAGAAAAACAGAAACAAUGUAUAAACUGUGUGGCCAUUUUUCUGAGUAAAACGAUGAUAUUCUUCCUAGGAAAUAUAUUUUGAUCUUCAA